AUGGGAUUGAACAGAACAGGAUGUGCUUCUUUGGUGAAGCGUUUUGACGGAUACUCGAAAUCCAGCCGGACAUGGGAUGGCCUGCGAAAGGACGAGGAGUUGUGGUUCGAAGAUGGGGACUGCUCUGUUCAUCUUUAUGCGCCUGGCGCUUCGCGGCGUGGAGCGAGCCUGAGAGUUUCUGUCACGCCGUUGGAGAAAUCCGAGAACACAUACCUCUUGAGUCGAUGUCUGCGAACGAACGAAACUUCGGCUGCCACGGCGAACGAGACGAACUCCGACAAGACGUGCGACGCUUCCGGACCAAGGAACCAGGUGUCUGAGCUGCUUGAGCUGUACCUCGCAGCACCCACCGAGCUCGCACGAUCCGAGGCCUUCCUCUACCACGUCGGCACCCGCAACUACUUCGCCUACCUCUUGGAUCGUCCCCUCGUUGGCGAGACUCUUGGUCAAGCACUUGCUGACCUCGCACAUCGCAUCGAAGCGUGGAGUCCCGCGAGCGUUGGCACUACAGCAUUCCUCGAAUACUGUCAAGAGCAAGGAUACUUGGACUUCGCCAACAGUCCAGACUAUGCGCUCGCUGGGAUGCAUUUCGCAGAGCUUGCCCGUAUCAAGCAUGUCUGGAUCGAUGCGUUCGCGCAUUGUGUGGGUAUGCGGGAUCAGCUAGACAACAGCCCAGAAGCGCCCAGGCUGAGCAAAACGUCGAAGGCUUUGAUCGAUCGAGCCUCUUUGGAGAUGGAUCUUCAGAUCACCAGAGUGAAUAAAGCCGUUGGCAAUUUCCUCGAAGAAGAACUGGGUCCUGAGUUUCAUGGCCUUUCGCGACCAUUGCGUGAUCACCUUGACCGAUUCCGGAGCACGCUGCAUUCUUUCUAUGUGAACACCAUUGGAUACUUUCCUCCAGACCCAGGCAGUCCAUGGAACAAGCAGCUCUGGCAGAGCAUGCACGAUGACUUUCGCUCCGUCUAUGAGUACCUCGCUGAUACCCAGUCGACAAACGACCCCACCAGCAGCAGAGGCGUCAGUGGCGGCGUGUGCACAACGCAGAAUAUCUCUGUCUUCAACCAGCGCCAUAGAUACUCACCAUUACCUUAUCCUGUCCCGUUGCUACCAAAAGAUGGCACACGACAAAGCACAAUGUUACCACAAAAAGCAUCUAGACUCCGGAGCUUCAUGCUGGGCCGUUCCGAUGCAGCUUCCCAGCCGAGGUUGAGGUCCCACGUCAAGCAAGCCCUGGCAACAGCUUCGAAUGCUGACAAUCCUAAUGUCAUGGCGAACCGAUUGGUCCAGGAAUAUAUUCGGUUCGAAGGUCUUCGGCUGGAGGAGAAAGUGUCGCUAUCCGAGUCCCGGAAGGUGAGAUGGCUGCUCGUCUACGGGGUAUUGCAGAUGCUUAUAAGUAUCACUCGAGCGCCGCCUGAGGUGCAGGACAGUGAGACACCAUUGUAUCCAAUGUGUGCUAUGGCCAGUGGAUGCGUGCCAUGGGAGCAAUCGAUCAUGCCGGCAGUAGAGGAUGAGCAAAUGGUCAAGCGACUGUCUGCAGAGAUGGCUGCCAUACGGGAAGCUCUUGAGGAAGACCGCAUUUCGAUCCAUCCGGAUUGCGAAGCAGAAAGCGCCGAGGAUUACUUCGCGAUGACCGGCCUUAACAGGUCUGAUUCUGACAAAAGCCUGACACAGCUACCUCAGCGAAGCAGUCCUCAGCUGUCGCGAACAGCGUCGAUCCGAUCCGGCGUCACCUCUUUGCACCGGUCAGUAGUCGGAAGCCUGCAAUCAAGGAGAAACAGCGUGAAUGUCGAUGGCAUAGUGCAAGCAAGGCGUAACAGCUUCAGACGUGACAGCUGGCUGCAGGCUCCGAAGAAGAUGUCAUCUUUCUGCGAGAUCUUGGUCGAGGGAUAUGGCAACGGAGCAGAUGACAGUAGGAGAUCGGAAACAUGCUUCCAGGGUUGCGUCGAAUAUACUGAGCUGGAGGCGCCCAUACCUGAAGUCGACACAUUGGUGCCAAUCCUGGAGAUGCAUCAGCUGGGUCUGUACGAUGAAGCUGGUCCAAGUCCGGUCUCCAGUACAUGUUCUGGUCUGUCGAGCCAAUUCAGCGAUCUAAGUGGCUCGACAACAAAUCUGCGGGAGUGCAACUCGCCGGCCACAGAGUUGUCAUCACCUAUGACUAAGAAGUUCGAUUUCAGCUCAGACACCAGUCUGUUCAAGUUCGAGUUCGACUUCCACCAGGAAGAGGACGAUGCAGAACCGGAUUUGGAGCUUACGCCAAAGCCCUCGACUGCGCUCCCACCGCCCACUUAUCGAGCCAAGCAUCCGAUCGACGGCGACCAUACCGGGCGGGUCAGUGUAAACGCUGGCUGUUACACACCAACAGGCGCCAUAACGCCACGUGGGAACAAAUCGGCGAGGAACAUGAGCUCCGACUCACUCCUAUCGCUAGCAUCGUCGGCAAGUUCGGAGUACCCAGAAGACAGCAACCAAGCUGCGGAGAUAGAAGAGCGUGAGGCUCGAGGAAGAGCUAGAGUGCGGAUCAGCGCAUUUGGCAUUGUUGAUGGCCGAAUCAGCCUGCCGCAGUCGCCAGUGGGAGAGGCGCGAUGA